CAUGGCCAACUAUAAGACCAUGGCUGGUAGCGCACAAUAUAAAUUUGGUGUAUUAGCAAAGAUAGUAAAACACAUGAAAGCGAGGCAUCAGGAUGGAGAUGAUCAUGCCUUAACUCUGGAAGAAAUUUUAGACGAAACAAAUCAGUUAGGUGUUGGAUUAAAAAUCAAACAAUGGCUUCAGACCGAAGCUUUGGUAAAGAAUCCUAAGAUUGAGGUAACCUCUGACGGCAGAUUUGUCUUUAAAGCUAUGUAUAAGAUAAAGGAUAAGAAAUCCUUACUGAGACUUUUAAAACAGCAUGAUCUAAAAGGUCUUGGAGGUAUUUUGUUGGAAGAUAUACAAGAAAGUUUACCGCACUGUGAGAAACACUUGAAAAAUCUACAAAAUGAAAUAUUAUUUAUUACACGACCACUUGAUAAAAAGAAGAUUGUUUUUUACAAUGACAAGACCACACAAUUUCCUGUAGACAAGGGGUUCCAAAAGUUAUGGAGAGCUGUUGCAGUAGAUGCUAUGGAUGAUCAAAAAAUAGACAAAUAUUUGGAGAAACAAGGAAUCAGAUCCAUGCAAGAUCACAGACUGAAGAAACCAGCACCGCUCAAAAGGAAGAAACCUGUCAAUAGGUGGAAACAAUUUAAGAAACCUAGAGACAAUGAACAUUUGGCUGAUGUUUUAGAGACAUAUGAUAAUUAAGUAAGAUAUUAAAAUAGUAAGCUAUAUUAAUGAUAUAAGGGAGAGUAUGUAAAUAUAGUCAUGAUUUAUUUAGUACUAUAUCAUGGAAUAAUUAGCUGAUAACUUGUUUUUUCCUAAUUUAAUAAAUAACUAAAAUUUGGUGGCAUAAUUAAUUGUCACGAUAUCUCAUUGUAAGUACAAAAUAAAUAUAGAAUAAUUAUAGUAUAACACUUAGGCGUAAACUAUUCAUAUAUAACUCACGCUCCCAGUCAGCCUUUUGGAUUGAAAAGAUUGCACAACACUUGUUUUCUCUGGGAAUGUGAUAAAUGUAGGAAAGUUAGAAUCAGAGUUGGCCAUUUUGUAUUGUACUUCUUUCUGAAUUUGUUUAGUAUAUAUCUCCGAAUCUUAACUUUAAUAAAAAUUUAUGUA